AUGCGGGGACUGGAUGACGCUGGGCCGCCACCACGUUUUGCGAGAGUCCACGCCGCUCCAAACCCGCAUCCCGCCCCUCCCGCCGAAACGCAGCGUCAACCACGCAACAUGAGCACGUCGAGUAAGCCAAAGAGCCGAGCGCCGGCGCACCCGAACACGCGAGCAUUCAAGCACAACAAGAACUCGCGGCUGACGCGGCGGAUAGUGCUGGUGGGGACGGACGGGCUGUGCAAGAAGUGUGCGGACAAGAUCGAGUGGCGCAAGAAGUAUCGCAAAUAUAAAUCGCUGUCGGUGCCGAAAAAGUGCAACGUUUAUCUGGAGAAGAGGAUUAAGGCGGCGUAUCGCUCCCUCUGCGCCGCAUGCGCUGAAGCCGCUGGGAAGUGCCCCGGAUGCGCGGAGAGCGCGAUGGAGGGGGAUGGAGAAGAUGAAGCAGGGGCCAAGCAGCGGGCUACGUCGUUUGGUCACGAUGCUGGUGGAAGCGCGUAA